AUGGUCUCAAAUACUUCAAGCAACACAAUCUGUGACCCUACAUUGACUAUGAACACAGGCGAUGACUCGCUGCUUCAUUUGAUGCAAGGUCGGAACACCGCAAGAACAGGCUCCUCGUCCUUUUCGAGCACACAGGAAUCGUCGCCCAGAUCAAACCAUUUCAGAGCCCAAGACACGAUUCGCAUCCUUGAUGAGGCUAUCAAAAUUGUCACAGAAGAUGAUUUGUUCUUUCCUUCUAAUGAUAUCUUCAUGUCGACACAUUUUCCCGAUCAAGAUGGGAGUAGCAAUCGACCUCCAAGACAGUAA